CAGGGUUGCUGUUUUAUCAAGCGCUGUUGCCGUUGAGAUUCCGCGGAUCGGGGGGGUGGUUGGAUGAUUGAGGAUGCAGCCCCGGUUUUCGGAUUACCUCUGAAGAAGGCAUUGUUGCGUUGGUGUAUGGUGCUAUGGCUCAGCAAUCGUCGCGUCUCAAUCGGCUGCUCACUCUUCUCGACACUGGUUCGACUCAGUCUACGAGGUUUGCCGCGGCUCGCCAGAUUGGAGAUAUUGCCAAGUCGCAUCCCCGGGACUUAACCUUUCUCUUAAAGAAGGUUGCUCAAUACCUUCGUAGUAAGAAUUGGGAUACGAGGGUUGCUGCAGCUCAUGCAAUAGGUGCCAUUGCUCAGAAUGUUAAGCACACGUCUGUGAAUGACUUAUUCGCUGCCGUUGAGAUGAAGACGUCCGAGGCUGGGAUAGAUGGCACUCUCGAAAACAUCCUGGCAUGGCCUUAUCAGUCUAAAUUUGUGUCAAGCAUUUCAUUUCGAAGCUUUGAUCUCAACAAGGUUUUGGACUUUGGAGCUUUAUUGGCAUCAAGGGGUCAGGAGUAUGAUGUUUCAACUGAUAAUUUAAAGAGUCCUCGGGAGCGUCUGGCCCAUCAAAAGCAAAGCCUUCGACGCCGUUUGGGUCUGGAUGUCUGUGAGCAGUUCAUGGAUGUCAAUGAUAUGAUAAAAGAUGAGGACCUUAUUGUGCAGAAAUUGCAUCCUUAUGGAAAUGGUUUGGACCAUAAAAUUUAUGCGUCAGCUUCUGUACAUAAUAUUCAGAGACUAGUUGCAAAGAUGGUUCCCUGUGUUAAGAGGCCAAGCGCUAGGGAAUUGAAUCUGUUGAAAAGGAAAGCAAAAAGUACUUCAAAAGACCAAGGCAAAGUUUGGUCUGAAGAUAGCAAUACAGAGGUAUCAAAUGCACAUGACACAACUGCCCCAAAGGGCGCUGGUCCAGAGUUAACUGUUAUUAAUAAGGUAGAUUGUUCCCUUGAUGACGACGCUGACCACGAUGGUGAAGGACUAUGGCCUUUCCGUAAUUUUGUUGAGCAGCUUAUUCUUGAUAUGUUUGAUGCAGUUUGGGAGAUUCGGCAUGGAAGUGUUAUGGCUUUAAGAGAAAUUUUAACUCAUCAUGGUGCCUCAGCUGGUGUCUUGCUGCCCAACUCCAGCUCUGCUGUUAUGCCUUGUGACUUAAGAGAUGAUGGCUCCGUAUGUUCAUCUGAAGACAAAAAUCAUACAACUACAUUGAAGAGAGACAGAUCCAUAGAUCUCAACAUGCAUGUUUCUGCUGAUGAUUCUGAGCCAGAAAUUAAGAGGCCCAAGACUGAAGGUGCAGCUUCUCCAUCUCAAAAUGCAGUGGCUAGCACUGCUGAGAACAUGGAUAUCAUCGUCGGGGUCGAAGAUGUUAAAUGCAAUUUGCAUGAUGUUCAACCAGAUGGUGGGACGAUUAAGGUGGAUGCUGAGUCUUAUCUUGAUGAUGAAUCUUGCUCUCAUAAAGAAGAAGCUGGUGCAGCAGAUUUGAGGGGUUUCUCUAAUGCGAAGUGUCCGCUAAUGGAUCCAGAUAUAUUGAAACAUCUCCCAGAAGGCUCUGAGCUAGUGAACUUGGUUGAAGUGGCUAGGCAUUCCUGGCUUAGAAAUUGUGAAUUUCUUCAAGAUUGUGCAAUUCGUUUUCUGUGUGUGCUGUCCCUUGACAGAUUUGGGGACUACGUAUCUGAUCAGGUUGUUGCUCCAGUUCGGGAGACUUGUGCGCAAGCAUUAGGUGCUGCAUUUAAGUAUAUGCAUCCCUUAUUAGUUAAUGACACAUUGCAUAUUCUGCUUCAGAUGCAGCAUAGAGCAGAGUGGGAAAUUCGCCAUGGAAGUUUGUUAGGUAUUAAGUAUCUGAUUGCUGUGAGACAGGAUAUGCUGCAUGGUCUCCUUGGUGCUGUCCUCCCUGCAUGUAAAGCUGGGCUGGAGGACCCUGAUGAUGACGUACGAGCUGUAGCUGCUGACGCUUUAAUACCUGCUGCUGCUGCUAUUGUUGAUCUCAAUGGUCCAACCUUGCAUGAGAUUGUCAUGCUGCUUUGGGAUAUCUUGCUUGAUCUGGACGACUUAAGUCCCUCAACUAGCAGUGUGAUGAAUCUGUUGGCAGAGAUCUACUCCCAGGAAAGUAUGAUUCCCAAAAUGCUCGGGACUUUGGUAUUGAAAGAAAAACAGGACAUGGACCUAAAUGAUAUGGUUAAUGCGGAUAAUUUUGGAGAAGGAAAAGAUACACAGGAAAAUCCUUACAUGUUAUCUACUUUGGCACCGCGGCUUUGGCCAUUUAUGAGGCAUACUAUUACAUCAGUCCGUCUCUCUGCUAUUCGCACUUUGGAGCGGCUACUUGAUGCUGGUUUUAAAAGAAGCAUCUCGCAGAACUCCAGAUGUUCGUUUUGGCCUUCAUUUAUUUUGGGGGAUACAAUAAGGAUAGUUUUCCAGAAUCUGCUGCUGGAAACAAAUGAUGCGAUUUUGGAGAGCUCCGAGAGGGUUUGGAGGCUUCUUGCUCAGUGCCCAGUUGAAGACUUGGAAGCUGUUGCGAAGUCUUAUAUGUCUUCUUUGAUAGAACUUGCAUCUACUCCUUAUGGUUCCCAACUGGAUUCUGCAAAGAUGUUUUGGCCUGUAGCUCCUCCUCGAAGGAGCCAGUUUAGAGCUGCUAAAGUGAGAGCCGUGAAACUUGAAAAUGACCAUUACCGAAACAGUUGCUUGGAUUCUGGGGGAGGAGUUGUUCCACAGGAAAGAAAUGGGGAUGCUUCUGGAAACUUGGUAAAAAUUGUUGUGGGUGCUGAUGCGGAGAUGUCAGUGACUCAUACCAGAGUUCUUUGUGCUUCGGCUUUGGGAAUCUUGGCUGCUAAUUUGCGAAAAGAAUCUCUUCAAUGCAUUGUUGAUCCUUUAUGGAGUGCCCUGACCUCUUUCUCUGGGGUGCAGCGACAGGUGGCAUCCAUGAUUCUCAUUUCCUGGUUCAAAGAGAUUAAAAGGGGGCUCCUUUCUCAGGAUAAGUACAUUAAUCCUGCAAUUCCCGAAAAUUUGACAAAAUGGUUAUUGGAAUUAUUAGCAUGCGUAGACCCGGCACUCCCUACAAGAGAGUCACCUCUGCCCUACUGUGAGCUCUCAAGGACAUAUGCUAAAAUGAGGAAUGAGGCCACUCAGUUGUUGCGCGCUGUGGAGUCAUCAGGCAAAUUUAUAGAUACAUUAUCUACAAUGAAAAUUGAUGUAGAAGGCUUGAGUACUGAUGAUGCAAUUAAUUUUGCUUCGAGACUGCCAAUGUUUUCCGAUGAUGCAUCCAGCAAUGAAUCUGUGGCUAAGCACAUCCUUGAUGAUAUUGAAUCAGCCAGGCAACGGCUUUUGACUACUUCAGGCUACCUAAAAUGUGUUCAGAGUAAUUUGCAUGUCACCGUGUCUGCUUCAGUAGCUGCUGCUGUUGUCUGGAUGUCAGAACUUCCAGCCAGAUUGAAUCCUAUAAUCCUUCCUCUGAUGGCAUCAGUCAAAAGAGAGCAGGAGGAAAUAUUGCAGCAUAUGGCAGCCGAGGCACUUGCCGAGCUCAUUUCUCACUGUAUUUCACGAAAGCCAGGCCCAAAUGACAAGUUGAUCAAGAAUAUUUGUAGUUUAACAUGUGUGGAUCCUCGAGAGACACCUCAAGCUGCAAUCAUCAAUUCUAUGGAAGUAAUUGAUGAUCAGGAUCUGCUUUCCUUCAGGAGCAGUUCUGGUAGGCAGAAGUCGAAGGUUCACAUGCUUGCUGGGGGUGAAGAUCGGUCGAAAAUUGAAGGAUUUAUUAGCAGAAGAGGGUCUGAACUCGCAUUGAGGCAUUUAUGUGAGAAGUUUGGUGCUUCAUUAUUUGACAUGCUGCCGAGACUAUGGGAUUGCCUUACUGAAGUCUUAAAGCCUGCCAGUGAUGUGGACGAGAAAGAAAUUAUGAUGGCGAUUAAUUGCAUUAAGGAUCCCCAAAUGUUGAUAAAUAAUAUCCAGUUGGUUCGGUCAGUGGCUCCAAUGCUCCAUGAGAUGUUGAAACCCAAAUUGCUAACACUUCUUCCCUGCAUCUUUGAAUGUGUACGUCAUGCCCAUGUGGCGGUAAGAUUGGCAGCUUCUAGGUGCAUCACUUCAAUGGCAAAGUCAAUGACAUUAGAAGUGAUGGCAGCUGUUGUUGGAAAUGCCAUCCCGAUGUUGGGAGAUAUGACAUCUAUUCAUGCCAGACAAGGUGCUGGUAUGCUUAUUAGUUUGCUAGUCCAAGGACUCGGUGUGGAGCUGGUUCCGUAUGCUCCAUUGUUGGUUGUUCCCCUGCUCAAAUGUAUGAGUGAUUGCGAUGCUUCUGUGAGACAUAGUGUCACGCACAGUUUUGCUACCCUUGUGCCUCUUCUUCCAUUAGCUAGGGGCCUUCCUCGGCCAGUUGGAGUGAAUGAAGCCUUGUCUGGAAAUGCUGAAGAUGCGCAAUUUUUGGAACAGUUGCUUGACAACUCACACAUCGAUGACUACAAGCUGUGCACUGAAUUAAAAGUAACCUUGAGGAGGUAUCAACAAGAGGGUAUAAACUGGCUUGGAUUUCUGAAAAGGUUCAAGCUUCAUGGGAUAUUGUGUGAUGAUAUGGGUCUUGGCAAGACGCUUCAAGCAUCAGCUAUUGUGGCCUCAGACAUAGCUGAGCACCAUGCUAUUAGCCAUGGCGAGGGUCUUCCUUCGUCAUUAAUAAUUUGCCCGUCAACUCUUGUAGGACACUGGGCUUUUGAAAUAGAAAAGUAUAUCGAUCCAUCUUUAGUAUCAACUCUCCAAUAUGUGGGCUCUGCUCCAGAUCGCAUUUCCCUGCGUGAAGAUUUCAAUAAACACAAUGUCGUCAUAACAUCCUAUGAUGUUGUCCGCAAAGAUAUUGAUUUCCUUGGACAAUUAAUGUGGAACUAUUGCAUAUUAGAUGAAGGACACAUUAUCAAGAACUCAAAGUCUAAAAUUACAACUGCAGUGAAACAGUUGAAAGCCCAGCAUCGGCUUAUUCUUAGUGGAACACCAAUUCAGAAUAACAUAAUGGAUCUUUGGUCCCUUUUUGACUUCUUGAUGCCAGGGUUUCUCGGAACAGAGAGACAAUUUCAAUCUACCUAUGGCAAACCAUUGUUGGUGGCUAGAGAUUCAAAAUGCUCAGCAAAGGAUGCUGAAGCUGGAGUACUUGCUAUGGAAGCCUUGCACAAGCAGGUCAUGCCUUUUCUGCUUCGUCGGACCAAGGAUGAAGUAUUGUCUGACUUACCAGAGAAAAUUAUUCAGGACAGAUAUUGUGACCUUAGCCUAGUUCAGUUAAAACUCUACGAGCAGUUUUCUGGUUCUCAUGUUAGACAAGAAAUUUCAAGCAUGGUGAAAGUAAAUGACGCUGAAGAUGCGAAAGAUGUAAAAACUUCUUCGUCUAAAACAUCCACACAUGUUUUCCAGGCACUUCAAUACUUGCUUAAACUCUGUAGUCAUCCAUUGCUUGUCAUUGGGGAAAAGAUUCCUGCCUCGCUCGAAUGCUGUUUGUCAGAACUGUUUCCCGGAAUCUCAAACAUUAUUUCAGAACUUCAUAACUUGCAUCAUUCUCCCAAAUUAGUUGCUCUUCAGGAGAUUCUUGAAGAGUGUGGAAUAGGCCUGGACACUUCAUCUUCUGAGGGUUCUCUUCCUGUUGGGCAACAUAGGGUUCUAAUAUUUGCUCAACAUAAGGCCUUAUUGGACAUCAUUGAAAGAGAUCUGUUCCAGAACCACAUGAAGAAUGUUACAUACUUGAGGCUGGAUGGAUCAGUAGAACCUGAGAAACGUUUUGACAUUGUGAAGGCUUUCAAUUCAGACCCUACUAUAGAUGCCCUGUUACUCACAACACAUGUUGGUGGGCUUGGCUUGAAUCUGACCUCCGCCGAUACACUCAUUUUUAUGGAGCAUGACUGGAAUCCUAUGCGAGAUCAUCAGGCUAUGGAUCGAGCACACAGACUAGGCCAGCGGAAAGUUGUCAAUGUGCACCGCCUCAUUAUGCGAGGCACCUUGGAGGAGAAAGUCAUGAGCCUCCAGAGAUUCAAAGUGUCGGUUGCAAAUGCUGUUAUCAAUGCGGAUAAUGCUAGUCUGAAAACAAUGAAUACUGAUCAACUGCUUGAUCUAUUUUCCUCAGCAGAAUCUGGCAGAAAGGGAGCUAUUGUAUCAAGACGUGCAGAUGGCAACUUUGAUGUUGACCCUAAGUUGAUGGGUGCUGGGAAAGGUUUGAAAGCCAUCCUUGGUGGAUUGGGUGAGCUGUGGGAUCAAUCCCAAUAUGCUGAAGAAUAUAACUUGAACCAGUUUUUGGCAAGGCUGAAUGGCUGAGUCCAAGCUUGAAGCGAUGUACAGGUUAUAUAUCUCAGGAUGAAAUAGGAUCAAAAUUUUGGCGUUAUAGUUGUAGGUUCUUUUUUCCAUCUUUACUUUUUUAUUACCUUUUUUAAAUGGCCCUCCUUUCUAAUGAGUCCUGCCAUGUUUGCUUCCUCCAUUUCUUUUUCCUCCCAUAUGUGCUUUUUUGUCUUCUGUGGGGGGUUGUGCAGAGAAGAUGGAUUGGGGUCGUUAGUGCAGGAGUCCGGCAUGUGGAAAAGUUAAGAAUAUUGAGUGAGUUGGUGUUGGAAGGGGACAGAAGUGUAAAUUGUAGACAGAUGUAUAGACAUUCGGCUUCAUUGACUUAAUAAGAGUUAUUACUUUUGGUCCAA